ACUUGAUACAAAUUUUAUGGGAUAGUUAUAUUAGGCCUCCCAUUAACUUUGAAGUUUGUUUUAAUACUCUACUCAAUGCAUUAUAGAUUCCCUGGGUAAACAGUAUUAGUUUUCUUAUGUUACACGAUGGUUGACGAGGAUGAAGUAUCGAACAGCAACAUCAACCUACUUGCUAGCGCAGUUUUGAAAAAUCAUGAACCAAGGCUUUUGGCAGCAGAAGAUUGCCUUCAAGAUCUUACGGCUAAUCAAGACUUGUUAAUGGGGCAGGUGUCUAGACAAACAGAUCGUCUAAGUGAUGCUAUUAAGCACACCCAAGUUUAUGAAAUGGUUACCCAAACAAAAAUUUAUCAGAAUAAACUACUUCGUCUUCAAAAGGAAAUGAUUGACCUCAGUGAAAGGUCCCAGAAGAUAAAAAAAAGGGCUUUAAAGCUACAACAAUCGAAACAGCAUGAAGCUCUGUUACGUGAACAAGCCAAAGAUCGUGAGUUGGAACGGGAAAAACAAUUGAUCGCAAGACCUGCUAAAAGAAAUUGACAAAAAAUUCAUUGUUAACAGUGAGGCAUAUCUAUAUUUAAUUUCCAAAUUUUCAUGGUACACUUUUAAAGUCACAUACCUGUUGUAAUAUAAUGCAAUGACAUAAUAUAACUGAAACUUACGAUAA